CACACACACACACACACACACACACACUCUCUCUCUGUCUCCAUCUCACGUCACACUCCGCCUCGCGCUCUCCGGUCUUCACGGACCGACCAGCAGAACCACAGCAUGUCCCUGCAGCUGCCGGCGUGCGUAGUGGACUGCGGGACCGGGUACACUAAGAUGGGCUACGCUGGAAACACUGAGCCGCAGUUCAUCGUGCCGUCAUGUGUUGCCAUCAAGGAGUCGGCCGGCGUGGGGGAGCAGGCUCAGAGGAGGCUCGUACGAGGAGUCGACGACCUGGACUUCUACAUCGGAGACGAAGCCGUAGACAAACCCAACUACGCAACCAAGUGGCCCAUCCGUCAUGGGAUGGUGGAGGACUGGGAUCUGAUGGAGAAGUUUAUGGAGCAGGUCAUCUUCAAAUACCUCCGCGCUGAACCUGAAGACCACAACUUUCUCAUGACAGAGCCUCCUCUCAACACUCCAGAGAACAGAGAGUACCUGGCAGAGAUCAUGUUCGAGACCUUCAACAUACCUGGACUCUACAUCGCAGUGCAGGCCGUGUUGGCGUUGGCGGCGUCCUGGACGUCUCGGCAGGUCGGACAGAGAACUCUGACCGGUGUCGUCAUCGACAGCGGAGACGGGGUCACACACGCCAUCCCCGUGGCUGAGGGCUACGUGAUUGGCAGCUGUAUAAAGCACAUCCCCAUCGCAGGGCGGGACAUCACCUUCUUCAUCCAGCAGCUGCUGAGAGACAGAGAGGCGGGGAUUCCUCCGGAACAGUCGCUGGAGACCGCCAAGGCUGUGAAGGAGCGGUACUGUUACAUCUGUCCUGACAUUGUUAAGGAGUUCUCAAAGUUCGACUCUGACCCGGGUAAAUGGAUCAAACAGUACCGCGGAGUCAACGUUGUGACUAAGACCCCCUUCCACAUCGACGUGGGCUACGAGCGCUUCCUGGGCCCCGAGAUCUUUUUCCACCCCGAGUUUGCUAAUCCGGACUUCAUGCAGCCCAUCUCUGAUGUUGUUGAUGAGGUCAUUCAGAGCUGUCCAAUCGAUGUGAGGCGGCCGCUCUACAAGAACAUUGUGCUCUCCGGAGGAUCCACCAUGUUCAGAGACUUUGGGCGGCGGCUGCAGAGAGACCUGAAGAGAGUCGUGGACGCCCGACUGAAACUGAGUGAAGACCUCAGUGGAGGACGGAUAAAGCCAAAGCCGAUGGACGUUCAGGUCGUCACACAUCACAUGCAGCGGUACGCCGUCUGGUUUGGAGGCUCUAUGUUGGCGUCCACGCCCGAGUUUUCCCAGGUGUGUCACUCCAAGAAGGACUACGAUGAGAUCGGCCCAAGCAUCUGUCGACACAACCCCGUGUUCGGCAUCAUGUCCUGAUGGCAGCGGCAGCUACAGAAGGCUAGCCUUUUAGCCUGCUGCCCACUAGCCACCAGCCACUUAGCCUGUAGUCCCUUAAUCUCUUGUUACUUCAGUUUGUAUCCCGCUUUGCUUGUACACAAUUAGCAGUAUAGCUCAGUCUCAUCAAGCACACGGAAGUCUAGAGAAACUGAGGCACAAAAUCUGUGAAUACAAAGUGUGGUGUUUUAUUUUGAACUUUUACCACAGAGAACUUGUUUCUUGUCCAAAAAACAACCAGAAAACCAUUUUUCCAGAAGCGACAUUUAAAGGCGACCGGAGGAUUUGUCCAGACCUCGAGACAACGGGUAGCUAGCUGCUAGCAACGCUAAGAGAGUAUCUGUUGGCCUGACUGAAGAUGACGGAGACGAUCUUCUUUCUGACUUGUUUUAGAGAAAUGUUCACAAGUUUUCUUUUCUCAUACGACGGCAUCAUUGUAGGUGUGAAAAGAGCAAGGGAACGUGGGUAAUAUUCCGAGAACAAACUGGGAAUUUCGGAGAUUUGUCAUUUAUUUCCCCCCCGUAAAUCUACCACUUUAAUUUGAGAGAAUAUUUAGGGUGUUUUUCUCGUAGAUAUAAUUAUAUUUAAAGAUUUACUAUAAUUUGAGGAAAGAUUAUAUUUUUAAAUGUACGUACAUUCUGAUUUCUUUUAAUUAAUUUUCCACUUUAAUUUGAAAGAAUAUCCAAGUUUUUUCCCCAUAAAUUUGUGAGUUGUUUCUCGUAUAUUUCCCACUAUAAUUUGAUAUCUGAGUCUUGAGUUUUGCUCAUGUAUGAGGUCUGACAUUGACCUUGUUGAUGUCUCUCUAAAACGGCUGGAGUUAAAACUUCUCUUUCACUUCAGUCUGUCAGCAUGAAUCCCAUGAGGACGAUCAGAGCAACAAGAAUUAAAACUAAAGGGAUUUUCAGAAAGUGUCUUGCAGAAAUACACGAGAGCUGCAGAUAGUUUCAAGUUUUAUUGUUUGUAUUUAUUUAUGUAGCGUGAGAGACGUUUACCUGCAUGUCGAAACUGUGAAUAAGCAUCAAAACCUUCUGCAGAGCGUUUAUAUUUGUAAAGAGUUGAGCAGAGAACUAACAGAUCACAUUUAUUAUAAUGUUGAAUAAAUAUAUAUUUAUAUAAAUAUAUAUUUAUAUAAAUAUAUAUAAAUAUUUACUGUAUGCUGAGAGAUACUGAUCCAGGAACAGGACUAAACCACAAAUCAGAUGGGAUUAUGGUGCGUUCAGGUACAAUCACUUCAUCACCUUCAUCCUCACUUUGACCUUCUGCUCAUCAUGGAUUCAGAAAUAAAACUGACACAAACAGA